GAGUUUUGGAGAAUUUGAUUGAUUUGAAUCAUUAUUCAUUGAUAUUUCUAAUGUUUAAACCGCAACUGAGUUGUCGAAUUCCACCUUCUGGCUUCAAACUAUCUAUUUAGGUUUUUUAUUUUCAGUUCGAGACGUCCAAAUGGCACUGUAAUUAAUUUUGUAAACUGUUCGCUGUUUUUUUACCGAUGGCUAAAAGUCCGGUCGUAACGGGAAUUUCCCCGAAAGAAGGGCCACCAGGGACAAGGGUGACAAUCAGAGGGGAACAUUUGGGCAUCAACCCCAACGACCUAUCGAGUUUGAAAAUAUGUGACUGUGAGUGUAUGCUUUCGGCUGAAUGGAAAUCGCCAAAUAAGAUCAUUGCACGAUCUGGCCCGGGAAAAGGACGCGGCGAUAUAAUUCUAGUCACUAAAUCGGGUGGUGUUGGUACAAGUACUGUACAGUUUCGUGGUUAUCACGAAACAAUUGGCCCUUUGAAAGAGAGUGCAGUGUGGGUGGAAGAAGCACCACUUAAUUGGGGCAGGCAAAACAGUUCGGUCACCAUAUUUCAAUUGGACGAUCCUUUGGGGUUGUCUGUUGAAGGAGAUGAGAAAUUUCCUGAAAAUGAAUUAACUGAAUUAUUUCCGGAUGGUUCUGGCGAUUUACUAUCUGAAAACUUUGAACCUGCCUGGUUCUUACUUGAACACCACCAUGGGACAUCUUUUGAUGAUUUACGGGUAGGAUUAUCAUAUUUGAAGAGAAAGGUAGAUUCACAAAAUGAAGGACAGCUGUCUUUUUUGAAAGAUAAUGUUGGAUCAGUUAUGGAACAAUUAGACACUCUUUUUACAUUAAAACAAAAUUAUGAAGCUGAUUUUGAAAGAAAUAAUGAAACUCUCUUUAGAGUUGAAGAAGCGAUCAACCAAUCUUUAAAGGAAGCAACUCAUUUAUUUCAUGGUGUUUUAACCAGACGAGAAAAAGCUGAAGCUACUAGAAAUGCAUUAGCUGUUAUGACUCGAUAUAAAUUUUUAUUUCAAUUACCAAUCAACAUUGAUCGUAAUAUUAAAAACGAAGAUGUAGAUGUAAUUAUAAAUGAUUACGCGAGGGCUUUAAAUUUGUUUGGUAAAACUGAAGUUUCGGUUUUCAAGAAAAUAUUAGAGGAAGUUGAAACCAAAAUACUGAAUAUACGAAUCAACCUGAAGUCAAAGCUUCAUCAAAUGCCUACAACACUUAAACAGCAAAAGAAGAUAAUUAGGUAAU